CGGAGCGCAGAAGUUGCCUCUUGGAUUUUUUCGGAUUCGCAGACAAGACGCAGUCCUGCGUCGUGGAUCUGCAGGCGGAGGUCUGGUGGUCCAGUGGUCUGAGGUUCUGGUGGUCUGAUGGUCUGAGGGUCCGGUGAUCUGAUGGUCUGAGAGGCAGCUGCUGGUUCUCUACUGGAUGCUUGUAACCGUGCUGAGGGAGGAUGCGUCCCACGGCCUCACAGCUUUCAGGGAAGACCGGUGUUAGAGGCUGCCGCUGGAUCCCGGCCGCUGCUGCCCUGCUGCUCUCCCUGCUGCUCUCCAUGUGUCUCGGCUUCCCCCCCCCUGUGGCCACGUGCCCACUUUAUUGCCUUUGUGCCAGUGAUAUAAUUUCCUGCAGCGGGCGCAAUCUGUCCGUGCUGCCCUCUGAUCUCCCAAGCUAUGCCACACGGUUGGACCUGAGCCACAAUGCCCUCGCUGUCCUGCCUGUGGACUGGAUUUCCCGACCGUUUGACCGGCUUGCUACGCUGGUUCUCAGCCGGAACUCAAUUAGCCGAAUCGAGGUGAAUGCCUUCUCUGUGGCGCCGCAUCUCCUCCAUCUGGACAUCUCGUCCAACCAACUAACAGUGCUGAACUCGUCCAUCUUCUCUGGGUUGAAGGAACUGAAAGAGCUGCUGCUGUUUGGCAACCACAUCCUCCAGAUUAAACCCGGGGCCUUCGGAGAUCUUUACAGUCUGCAGAGGCUCUACCUCUCCGGGAACAGACUGACGGAUUUCCCCCUGGGGCUUUAUUGGGAACCUGGAGGGCCUCGUAAUCUGACCUUUCUCGAUCUGUCGUACAACAGGCUCUCCAAGGUGCCCGUCCAGAGCCUGCUGUCUCUCACCCAGCAAGGUGGAAUUUAUUUGCAGGAAAACCCUUUGGUCUGUGACUGUAGUUUACUCGCACUGCUGGAGUACUGGAUGUGGAGACAGUAUUGCCCCCUGGUGGUCUUCCAAGGUGAAUACCCAUGUAGAGACGAUUCACGGUCUGAAUGUAGCCAGCAGGUAGUUUCAGAUAUGUCAGCUGAGGCACAGAUUUACCACGGAGAGCCUGGUAAAUGGCUGGGAGUGCCAUGUCCAGGGCUGACUGCUCCAGCCCAGGAGGUGUUCUGGAUUACCCCCAGGACCGUGCUGAAUUCAUCAACCAAUGAUCCGAGUGCUCACCUCAUAGUUUCCCCCAAUGGCACCCUUGAAAUCCGAGGAGCCCUGGUGGAUGAUUCUGGUAUAUAUGUGUGCGUGGCAGCCCGCGGGCGCCACAAUGGCCCCGUCGAGUCUCUGGAAGUGAACGUUGUGGUCGGAAACGUAAGCACCGCCUCUGCCAGCGGCUUAGCACACAGUAGCAGGGCCGAGCAUUUCAACACAGCCUUCACCACCCUGGCUUCCUGCGUGGUCAGCAUCAUACUGGUGCUGCUCUACCUCUACCUCACUCCCUGUCGAUGCCAGGAGAACCGGGGCGAGGGGGCGAGAGGGUGCGGCGGACGAGCCUUCGUCCUCUGCUCAGACCCCAGAGAGGUAGAGUCAGGGCAGCGGCGGUCAAACGGAAAGAGAGUGGCUUUCUUAGAGCCUCAGGGGGAGGACUCUGAUGUUGAUGGUCCAAAAACACCAGCGAUGAAUUCAGGCCAUGUUAGCACUGAGGGAAUUCUCAAGAACGGAAGUAGGACAGCAGACCAGACCCUCACAGACGCCACUCACAUGGCAUAGCAAGAACACAUUCCUGUACUCUCUCUGAAUUAGUAGUGAAGUAGUGUAAUGUCUUGAGAAGUGAAGGCUGCUCCUUUUUUCAGCAGUAUUUCAAUUAUGUCUCGACUAAGUGGUGUCUGUUUUUUACAUUAAGGGUUCAUAUGGAAAUUUCACCGUUACCGCGGGAAAUUGUAAUUGCAGAGAUCACAAAGAUCAUAUAAACGUGGGCGGUGUUUUAAAUUGGGCGGAGAGGAAUAUUCACACCUGAUGUGAUGAGCUGCUUGAGGCCUCGAUGGUCAUUACGCAGUGUGUGCUUUGUGCAAACUGCCACAACACUGACCCUUGUUAUUUCUAACCACCUGUCUCGUACUGUGGAUCAUUUUCAAAACACGUCGGUAAUAUGUGUGAAAUUAUCUGAACUUUGAUGUUUUGCGGAUCACGCUAUGUCUGCUACACGUCCUCUUCGAAUUAUGUAAAUCAAAUAUAACCCUGUGAAAGUUCCUUUGUUGAAACGAAGAAACGUGUUGCUUUGAGAUGGAAACAAAAUGUUAAGAAACGUAGACUUGUGUUUCGUCAGCCAAAAAUGUGAUGAACUAAAAAGUACUUUUGGGAAGAAACACGAUUACAAAUGAAUACUUAAUCCUGGAUGUGUAGCAGGGAGCUGAUACACCCAGAGUACACUGCUCCACCAGCUGGUGGAGACCAAAGCAGAGCUACAAGGAAUGUAAAGUACAAGGAGAGUGAAUGUUGUGGAAACACGACAUGUUGCUUCAUGUCAGUGAGGAGAUAAUGUAUCAGUGUUGUUGUUUACAGCUUGUAUCACUGACUCCAAGUGGCUAAACAAUGUAUCAAUAAUGCUUUAAAGAAACAUUGUUUCAGACUCUGAAAUGUUUCCAAUAACAUGAGCAAUUAAAAACCUUCUUUCUAAACAUUCCCUAAAACCCCGUCCACUGUGGUGUUGUGGAUCAUUACAGUGUUAAGUGCCAUUUUUCAAUGCUCUGAUAAAACAUAAUAUAUUGAUUUAUUGCACUGGUGGAAAUGUCCUGCAUGUCGAGAUAUCCCAGGACGACACCGACUGAUGGAAGAACUUAAAAUAAGAUUGUGAAAAUGAGACAAACACAAAGUGCACUCGAUUCACCUGAUCCUGAUUCAGGACCCCCCCCCCCCUGUGUUGAUUGUCUUACAUGUGUGGACUCGUUUCCAAGGCUUCCUGAGCCGCUCUUGUUCCUGCUACACUGUCUGAAUAUUAACUUCUUGUAUGUUUUCUGUCAUAUUAAAGCAGUGACACUUUGUCAUGACUACAAUUACUGACAGCUGUGAAAU